UGGAGUGAAUGUCGCGCCCAGCAGGAAGUUGGGUAAGCAUGAGCUGCUCAGAAAUUCUGAGUUUCACUUUCCCUAUUGGGAGUCUGCAUCAAGGAGACCUCUACUCACUGCUCAGCCUGCAGCUGGUGCCAGGAUCUACACAGCUCAGCACAGCUGGGGGAUGGGUCAGAAGGUCACUACUAAUGGCCAGGAGCCACAGAGAGCAGACACCCAGAUGUCCUGUGGCCAAGACCAGGAAAAGCCAGACACUGACAGCUUCUUAGAGGUCGUCCUUGAGCAUAUCCUGCACACACUGAGCAGUGCGGAUCUGCAGCAACUGCUGACUGACGAUGUCGCCUGGGAGAUACUGGUGGAGACGACUGAUUUGACCAGGGUGGAGGUAGAUGCUGUGCGUGGGGCUCUGAUUGAGAAGAUCCUUCAGGCCACAGAGAGGUUCUUGAAUGAAUUUUCUCUCAUGAAAAAGCAGCUGCAGGAGGGCAUAGCCAAGCUCUACGCUCUUGCAGAGAAGGUUGACAAGGUGCACAAGGACUGCACCAUCACCAAUGUGGUGGCCAGCUCUAGUGGUGCUGUCUCUGGCAUCCUCACCAUCCUUGGCGUGGCUCUGGCACCUGUGACAGCAGGUGGUAGUUUGGCACUGUCAGCCACUGGAAUAGGGCUGGGAGCAGCUGCUGCUGUGACUCGUAUUUCUUCCAGCUUCGUGGACCAUUCAAACAAGUUGUCAGCGCAAGGUGAAGCCAGGUGCCUGCUGGCAACCAGCAUGGACACAGAGAAGGAGGUUGUUUCUGCAACCAAGAAGUGUGGGCAAGCAUCCCAAGGCAAGGACAAGCUCAUGAAUGCCAUUAACAUGGCCAAGUCCGACCCUCAGAUAGUAACCAAUGCCAGCCGCCUCGUGAAAGCUGGGGAGAUGUCAUUCCAAAGUGGACUGGUGCAGAGAAUCAUUGGAGGGACUGCGCUGGGAAUGUCCACAGCAGCUCGGAUCACAGGUGCAGGAACUGCAGGUGUCUUCCUUCUGUGGGAUGUGUGCAACCUUGUGCGAGAUUCAGUGCUUUUGCACAAGGGGGCAAAGACAGAAUCAGCUGCAGAGCUGAGGCAGCAGGCUCAGGAUCUGGAGAGGAAGCUGGAGGAGCUCAUCCAGAUCCAUGAGAGUUUGCAGUUGGACCUGACUAAGUGACAGAGGCCCCAAGCUGUGCAGAGCUCAGGGCUCAGGUGCAUUUCAAGCACAUGCACAAAGGCAGGAAGUGCUGCAGAGGGGAAAAGAGGGUGAGAUCAAGUCUAUGCAACUGGGUGUUCAGGAACUGUGCAUUUCUGUGGCUGAGCCCAAGCAGGGAGGGGUUAAAGCACAUGAAAUGGAUUAAAGAGAAGGCAGGGCCCUGGGGCUUGACAUAAGGGAGAAGCAGUGACUAAAGGAUGUGGGCAAUAGGAGGAAAGAGUUUUUUUGUCAUAAGAAUUCACUGGUGACCUGGAAGCAGUUGCAGGAAGAAGCAGAGGGAAGCUCAGGAAGACAGAAGAGCAGAAUUUGGGAGUGGCACAAUUACAACUGUUUGGAUACGGGAGAAGAAACAACACUCUGCUUCCCACAUUUUGCACAGUCUGACACCCAGCAACAGAGCAGUCUACCCUUCAUGACCUGAAUCUCUUUCUUUCUAGUGUUAAUAAACGUUUAUCUCUGUCAGGCAGUGAAUUCAA